GGUUCAAGGACACAGACACACAUCACAAAUACACACAAUGGCAGAGGCAUCGAAUAAGAGCAAGAAGAAAGCAGUGGUGGAGGAGAAGGUAGAACCGAAGAACAAGGUUAACAAACUGAAUGAUAUUGCAGGCACCCAGGAUCUCAUCAAGGAAAGGACCAAGAAGAAGACCACAAAGACAAAGGCAUCACAUACCCAAAGUUCGCAGACCGCACAAGACUCUGUGAUGGAGGACAAUGGAGAUCUGACUAUCCAAGAGCUGGAGGACAAGAUGAACGCACUCGAUGUGAACAUUAAACACUCCAAUGAUAGCAUCGGGAGAAUGACCAAGGAGAAACUUAAGUUUGGAGGGGAUAUCACAACGAAGCAGAAUAAGAUAACAGAGAUGGGAACAGAGAUUGAGAAGCUGGACUCGGAGAAAGGAGGGCUAGUGGAGAAGAGAGGAAAUCUGGACUCGCGGAAAGAAGAAGUGGUGAAGGCGGAAAGAGAGCUGGCAGAGGAUAUUAAAAAGUUGGACUCGAAGAAGAUAAAACUGGUGGGGGAGAAAAGAAAUCUGAGAGAGGAUAUGAAAGAGCUGAAGAAGAAGGAUGAAAAAAAGGGAACAGAUAUUGCAGAUCUGGAAAAGGCAAAAAAUGCGCUGGUGGAGAAGAAAGGAAAGUUGGCGACGGAGCUCGAUGAGAAAAAAAAGAUGAGGAUUGAUUAUCUGGAGAAGAGGAACGAGGUGCUGGCGGAGGGCAAAAGGAAGCUGGCCAAGCACAACGAGGAACUGAAGAAGGACAACGAGGAAUUGAAGAAGGAGAACGAGGAACUGGAAAAGAUGAGAGUGAAGAAAGAGGAACUGGAAAGCCUGUACGAAGAGCUGCAGGAGAAGUACGAUGGGAGAUGCUGCAGUUGCUGCACAAUUUGUUAACACUCUGAGUACGGGCUAUUAGCAUAUUACUACGUGAUUUCGACAUAUGUAGUGAUAUUGCUGUGUACGCAACAUGGGUAAUUGUCUCUUU